AUGACUUGGUCCCACCUCUGGAGUGAACCCACCAUCAAACUUAAGGCCACGUUUUAUAUAACGGUGGAUGAUACAGAGACCUCGGAUAAUGACUCCCAAUACUCAUAUGACCAAAUCCCACCAAUCACAAGGCGACUGCUGCUUCGUGGUCGGCUGAGGAAGAGAGCUAUCGCGGUCGAUGAUGGAGAAUCUGAUUUAGCCUUCAAGACUCCCAUCAGGCCCAUAAUGCAACGUGAGCGCAUUCUGUCAGAGAUCGACCCAGUGUCGCCUCGCAACACAACGUCCAGAAACAUAUACUCGCCCAUUGUGCGUUUCCUCACACCCACUAAAGAGAACGUGAAACGUGACGGUUCUGGGGACGUGCUGAUGAGCCCAGAACAAGGUGUGUUUGGAUUUGGCUCAAUUGACCUCUUGUCUGGAGAAGAGGAUGAGGACAUCUUCAGUCCCUCCACAUUCAUCAAAAACAUACCGUCGCAGUCGCAACAUUCCCGUCCACAAAUCACAGAUAUUCCCCCCAAGACCAGGAGCACCCCCGAGGCCACGCUGGUGGUCGACCUGGAGGAGACCCUAAUGUUCAGCUCUCUGAAUGUGAUCGAGGAAGCAGAGUUCACCUUCAACACCGCUUUCCAGGACCAUCAGUACAAGGUCUACAUGAUCCUACGACCACAUGUCAAAGAGUUUCUGCAGGCCAUGGCCAAAAACUAUGAGAUGUUUGUUUACACAUGUGCAAAGAAGGAAUACGCAGAGAAGAUACUGGACAUCCUGGACCCGCAGAGAAAACUGUUUCGACAUCGCCUGUAUCAGGACGACUGUGCCUGCGUCCUCGGACACUACAUCAAAGAUCUCAACGUUCUCGGGAGGGAUCUCGCCAAGACAGUUGUUCUGGACAACGCCCCCCACACAUACCCUUACCAUCUGAUGAACACGAUACCCAUCAAGAGCUGGUCCGGGGAGUCAGAGGACCGAGAACUGCAGAAGCUCGUCCCCUACAUGGAGAAAAUGUCUGCAGCGGAGCACUUUCUUCCUGUAGGUGGUGACACUAUUGACCCGUAAUACUCUUUUCGUCACUAAGCCCCGAUGUAGCAAUUUCCGAUUUAGACAUGUUUGACUGUGCUAUUAUUCUGCCUUUUAGCAUCCUUUAGAUAAGCAUACAGCAAAUGUAGAAUAUG